GGCCUCGAAAGUGGCUUCGACGAGAGUAUGAGAAUCAAGAACACACUCGACACAAUCGAGGCAACGAGUAGAGAGGCGCCGAGCUGGAACACACUGGCGUUACUGGUCAACUGUGAGCUCCGGCUUUGGCGCCUGAACGAGAACACGCCGCUGAGGCACAAUCCGUUCUUGACGCACUGGGUGGAUGCCCUUUUGCCAUGGGCGGCGUCGAGUGCUGCGCGGGGGCGCGCACACGCUACAGAGCCUGGAAUAACGACGGAGAUGAUGUUCCUGACUAGGGUGGGAUUGAUCAAGGCAAUGCUCCACCGAGCCAACCGUCACGAGGAUUCGAGCGAGUUUUGUGGGACGUCGCCGAGGGACUUGUACAACGCCUUUGUGAGGACGCCUACACAAGUCUAUCUCGACUCACAGCCAUUCGACAUAGCCCCCUUUCUACGUAUGCUGGUCGAAGAGGGCAUACUUGAACCUGAAGCCACGCCUGAUGGCCACGAGACUCUGCCCACGCCACCCUCGACGGCCGCGCCAACGCCGUCCGAGACGUAUGGCAGUCCUCGACUGAACGACUUCCAGCAGUGGAAGCAGGACAUCCUUGAGAAGCUGCAGACCGCGCCUGUACCCACAGUCCUGGAGAUCACACAUCUCCCUCUCGAACUUUCUUACCUCGACUUCUUGACUACCCUCCUCGUCGACCACGCUCUCGAAGAAAAGUCCAUCGACCCCGAGCCUGUCAUAACGUCCUACAUACAGCACUCGCUGCGUUCCAUCGAACAAAUGGGACGUCCUCCAGGCUCAGGCCCAGUUGUGCAAGGCUCAGCGGGAGAGGUUGUCGAUCAUGGUCGCGAGGCGCAGAGCCGUGCCGUGAAGCUGCUUUUGCUCUUUGUCAGAAACUUGAUUCGGAAGGAGUUGGUUGGUGCGCAAGUGCUGUAUUUUGAGAUACAGGAAAUUUGCGUGCGGUAUGUGUGGAUCAAAGAGGUUAGGGAGUUCAAGAGAUGGGUU